AUGGGUGCCGGAGCGGUUUUAGAGCCGCUUGUCGUCAUUGUCCUCCUCUUUGGGGGUACUUGGAUCAAUCGAGCCACCGAUGCUGCCUUAUCACGACGCGCAAGUCGUCGCAGUUCAUUCGACCACCCACGAGCUUCAUCCCCUGAUUCCCUCGAGUCAGGUUAUACUUCACCAACUCCCAAAGAUAGUCUCUUGACCCACCGAGCUUCUUCACCGCUGCAACCAGAUGAUCGCUGGCACAAACGAAUGAUUAAGAUCUUUGGUUUGUCCUGCAGUGUGACCUCGCCGAAUACAGCCGUGUUUCAAGACCGUCUUCUUAGUCGUUUGCUUCGGAAGUUGCCGUUCCUGGCUGAGUGUUGGUACUGGGCACUUGUAUAUUGGACAUAUCAACUCGGCCGCGCAUUCACCGCCGUAACCCUCAAAGAAGGAACCGUCGACAUCGCCCGCAAACAUGCAUUGGAAGUAAUCAAGCUGGAGGAGAAACUGGGAAUCUUUUGGGAAAUUCAGAUCCAACAUUUUUUCCUCAGACACCCUCUCUUGAUGACUUGGAUCAACUGGUUAUACUCCUUCAUCCAUAUCCCCGGCACAAUCGCCUUUCUCGUGGGGCUAUACUACUAUACCAUCACCCGCAACGGCAUUAAUGAGCCUCAGCCAGGCAAGCUCCGGGGUAUUGCCGGUGGAUCGCCCGCGGGCCCGCUACUCUACCAGGCCCGGCGCCGUACGCUGGCAGUAUGCAAUCUCCUCGCGUUUGUGGUCUUCACCCUGUGGCCCUGCAUGCCACCCCGCCUGCUGAGCGAUCCAACAGUAGAAGGUCCCGAGGCGGAACUUGGGCGCAGCUAUGGUUUUGUCGAUACGGUUCACGGCGAGAACGGAGCGAAGAGCGUCUGGACAGAAAAUCGUUUCUGCAAUCAAUACGCGGCGAUGCCAUCUUUGCAUUUCGGAUAUUCUUUGAUGAUCGGUCUCACCAUCAUGACCAUCCCGCUCCCCAUCCACCACCGACGAACGAUCCGGAUACGCAUCGGACGUUUGGGACUCCGCCUACCUGCCUGGCGCCGAGUAUUAUGCAUAAGCCUCGGAUUCAUAUAUCCAUUCAUAAUCUUGGUAGCGAUCGUCUCGACGGCCAACCAUUUCAUCCUCGAUGCUAUCGCGGGAGCUUUUGUUUGCGGCCUCGGGUGGUGGUCGAAUGGCGUUUUAUUAAAUCUGUUGCCCGUUGAAGAUUACUUCCUUUGGUUGGUUCGAAUUGACAAGCCAGAACCAUCGCGGAUGCAAUUGUCACAUAGUUCAAGUCCGAGUUCGAGUGGCUGGGACUCGGAGGAUGAGUCGGAUACACGGCACCCGUAG